AUGUCAAUUGCUCAAGGGUGUAGCUGCUCCCUGCAGGCACGUCUUCAUCAGGUGGAGAAUGCCCGCAGUCGAGAGAUGAAGGCGCACGGCGAGUUGGUGCAGACGCUGGAGAGCGAGCUCGAGAUUCGUCGCAUCAGUGAGGGAGAGCUCCGUCUCGCAGUCGCCAAGCUUCGGACUGACAACUGUCGCGUCGAGGCAGAGCUCUGUGCGGCAAAUGCGAGAGCACGCCAGUUGCAGGGGCAGCUAGACACUCAGCGUAUCGAUCACUCUAGGCGCGUAGACGAGUUCAAGGCCAUGGCCGAAGAAAAUGAACGUCGGCUGCAAGCUGCUCGACAGAAGGGUGACGAGCUACUAGAAGAAAAGCGGCAGCUCAACUUCGAGUUAUCAGAGUCUCAAACGCUUUUGGGGUGCUCAAGGAACGACAACAAACUUCUCCAGGAAAAAAUUGAAGAGCAAUGCUUGCAAAUAAGUACUCAGGCUGAAGAGAUUGCAAAGCUUUCCGCAUUGGUGUCAAGCAAGCAGCAUGAAAUCGACGCUUCGGUAGUGCGCUCGCAGCUUUUGCUUGAAGAUUUAUCGAGUACGCGACAGGGGCAAACUGUGAUGCAAGGAACACUUGACGAACUGGAUCGUAGCCUCACUCGUGCACUCGUGACGCGGAAUCGGGCACUCCAGUGGAGACGAAAACGGCAUAACAGCUGGAAUGAACGUCGUCUCACUCAUGGAGCAUUUCUCGCUUGGAAAGCACUAUCGGUUCAAUCCAAGCAGGACUCUGCUGCCAACUUGACGCGUUGCACUGAACGCAAACGAGCCCAACUCGAGCUCGUUAAAAAGCAGAUAUUGAAGAGCUGCUCACAAGCAAAAGAGGACGUGCGUGGCUUCCGGCUUGCUUGCGCCAGCGAGCGAGCACGGAUGGAGUCACUGCGCGACGAGAUAUGUCGAGAGGAACUACCGAAACUAUUGACUCAACUCGAAAAGCUGCAGACGAGCGUUGAUGGGCAGCGUCGGGAACUUGAAGCACAGCUUACGAGUCAAAAGGAGCGUAUUCGGAACCAAGAAGAACGACUCGACAUGUUACGACAAGAAAUGGAGCAUCGCGUUCAGAUACUAGAGGAAAGUCAUCGGGGCCAGCUUGCACGUCAGAAGCUCCAACAACGCGCUAUUUUACAGGUAUUUGCAGCGAGGCGAAUCAGAGAAUUCCAGCGCCGUACGUUUAGUGUCUGGAAGGAAAUGCACUUGAGGUCGCUUGUGGGCCAAGUCACGCAUACAGCGAUGGUUUUUCAAUCGCAGCAGUCGCAGGCUUCAAUAGUCGAUUGGUUCAGUCCGAAUAAAGAAGGAGGGUACCAGCAGUGCGCAGCACCGGCGAGCAUUAGGCCAGUAUCCGCAGCCCUUGAACCCCUACAACUUAAUUCGCAGAAGUUCGACGACUGUCUCCGCUCGCCGGCGACAGCUACUCCAAUCGACGCGAUGUGGCGAAGGUGGCGGCGUGUCGAUGCUGGGGUGGCAGGUAGAGGACACAAACCUGGCCCUUCACCAAAUUCGUAG